AUGAAGAGUUAUCAGUUUAUAGUAUUGGUAUUUGUAUUGUUACUUCUUCUUGCACCAUUCAAUUUGAAAGAGUGUAAUGCUCAAGAUGAAUAUGCAAUUCACCCAGAUGAAGUUGAUAGUUUGGAAUGGAUUAUUAAACAGUAUGUGAUACCUUGGAAGAUCAACAAGACGAGCAAUGUUUUAACUGAUAUGGAGGAUGUCAAAUAUACCGAUUAUGUUACUGUCAACACUAAUGGCCAAUUAACUCGUUUAAAAACACCAUAUUAUGAGGAAUAUUUUGAUGAUGAUGGACCACCUGACAAGAACCUUCCUUUUCUAAAUUUUACGGCACUAGAAGCUCUCGAUUUACAAUCAAUACCAAGAGAUGGUAGUAUCAACUUUAUGGAGCUGACUAAAGCUAUGCCUAAUCUUUUUCGUCUAACAUCAGCGAUUGAAGUCGAUUCUUAUCCAGAGGGAUUCCCAUACUCUAAAAAAAUAAGAAAUUUUCAAAUGCUUUCUCAAAAUGUAGUAACCUAUCCAAAGAAUUUUAAUUUAUUGUAUUGGCCAUCUUUAAAUCGAUUGGUCAGCGAACCUGUACCAAUAGGAUUCGGACAUGGAAUGGGAGGAUCGAUAGUGAUUGGUAAAUUGAAAACAUACUUUCCAUACCCAUUUACAUUGUCAGAUUCAAUGUGUGGAUUUGAUUCGGUCGUAUCGCCUUCGACUACUGAUUUUGAUAAUCCUAGGUAUGCUGGCAGUUGCUUUAGAUGUUUUUAUCGUGACUACACACCAUUUACAAGACAAUUAGGGCCACCCCCAGAACCAACCGGUGAAGGUCCAUAUAUCAAUGAUUAUAUCAGAGAAUCAAAUUGUGAGGUAACAAUUACAUCAGUAAGAUAUAAUGGUAAUAGUAUAACAGUUUAUGGAAAUAAUAUAAUUGGAGGUGCUAAAAGAGGUGGAGAUACAUUGAAACCAUUUCAGACUCGGUUUGGUACAAUCACACCUAUUAAACAAAAUAGUAUAUUCAAAUACGAUCGAAAUUCUUCUUUAAAUAGUCCAGAUGAAGAUGUACCUAUUGGAUACUCAACGUUGUUUAAAAGUUUUGUUGUAGUCAAAAUAUCAUUUACACCUAUUAAUAUGGGAGAUGUUCAAGCGAUCAAUCAAGUUCCUUUUGGUAUAAAGGUUUCAAUUGUAUUAAAUUAUAAUCACAAUAUCCUUCAUACAAUGAGUAUCAAUGGUGCUCCUUGUAAAUGUGAAAUAAUUCAAAUAUUGGUUUACAAUAAUGAAACCAUUAAUAGUAGUAAUAAUAGUAAUAAUAAUAUUGGAAAUUAUUCAAUCUUGUUGACAGGUUAUUUUGGUAAUAUUUCAAAUACAACGAUUGCAAAGGUAGAGAUUGAUUCAGUUCCAUGUAUAGUUUUAAUGAUCAACUCUACUACAAUAGAAUGUAAUAUGACGAUUGAUUCUAAUCAUUACAACAAUCAAGAUCUUGGAGUACAACAAGUUGAAACAUAUAUAGAAAUUGAUAGUCAUUCAUUAUCAUCAACCAACAUUAUUUAUUUUAAUAUUUCAAAUCACCAAAUUAUUCCUUCCUCUUCAUCUUCUUCCAACAAUGACAACUAUAACGACGACGACUAUCAAUCUAAAACCAAAAUUUAUAUUAUUGUUUCAGUUGUUGGAGCUGUUAUACUUUGUACCACCUUUUUCAUUGUUCGAAAGGUUGCUAUAAAUCCUAAAACAACAAAACAAGUUAAACUAAGACUUGGAAAAUUAAAAAAGUAA